AUGGCGGAGACUCGGACAGGGAGUUCUAUCCCACAGAAUCAACCCGUCGAACGACCGACGUGCAGCUCGCGCUCCUCAAACGAUGCUUCGGGGUCAGAUGUAGAUUCUACUACGUAUCUAUGGGAUGGGAGAACGAGAACCGCCGAGUUUGUGGUUGGUCUCCUCAAGCAGGAUCUGAAAGACGCGUGCUAUGUUGGUUUGGGGGAUAUGUUAACUGCGUUUUUGAGGAGGAUGCGUGCGGGUGGUGAAGGAGAUGGGCAGUUUGAUGCGGCGAGGGCGUUUGAUGCGUUUCUGACUCGUGCUGCUGGGCUUUGCAAUGACGAGGCGUCUAGCGGGGUGAAAGAAAGGAUUUAUGAAGCGUUGAAGACUCCCGAUCAAAAGGAGAGUUGCGCCCAUUUGGCUCGUGCUCUCAACUUGAUCCUCGAGCAUGGUCGAGGGAAGGACAUUGCGGGUUUUCAACACACCCUCGACGACGAGGAAACUGUCGUCCUCGUGAACAACCCCGCGAUUCUGAAGUGCCAUCCUAUCUACGACGUUUAUGACUACAUGCCUAAACGGAAGCCUGACCUCGUCCGGUUGCCCUUGAGCGCGCUGGAGCCAAUCUUCCCUGAGCGAGAAGGCGGACGGUGGGAGGAUUGGGUUGAGACUCCUUUCAUGAAACCUGGAGAGCGCGUUGAAUGGGGAUCGGAUGGACGGAGAACGCUUUGGCGUGAUGUUGUGGAUUGUUGGGAGGUUAGGAAGGAGAAUGUGGUGUCGGAGGACGAUCUUAGGCUUCUUGUGGAUCGAAACUAUCAAUUCGCGAUUGAAUGUGAUGCGGUGGACUCGACCCCGCAUGCUCCUCCCUCCGUCCCAUCGUCAUCCGCUGACCAGGUGUCAGGGAUAUCUUGUGACAGCCGGAGACGGAAAGGGCGUUCAGAAGAAGACUCUGACAGUGACUUCGAAUCGUGGAAGAGGGUCAGAACUGACUACAACUCGGAUUCGGACUCUCCCCAUCCCACUGCAUCCCCUCAUGCUCAGUCAGGCUUGUAUGCACUCGAGAUGAUGCGAGCGAGAUGGGACCGCACGCAUGCUAUCGUCGUCCUCUUGAUAGAUAAUCAACUGUCCAUCCAGUGGUAUGAUCCACAAGGAUGUAUCCGAACCCGACCCAUCGACAUCGUCCGUCAGCUUCCUCUCUUCGUCGCGACGAUCCUUGUUUUCCAGCGCUUUGAUAAUCGGAUGCGGGGGAUUGGAGGGUUCAAGCUGGAUGUUGAAGUCGAUGGGAAGGCGAUCCCGCACACGCUUGGAGACGACACGCGUACGCGGUGGGGGCUGACAGGGCGACGUUCAGUCGGUGGUCAGUUGCGCCCCUGUGGGAUGGCGAAUUCACGCAUCGACCCAGGAGACCUAGCAUCCACUGUGCACGAGAACAAGAUAUUUGGCAAGUUUUUGUGGCGUGCGGAGAAGCAAGAGAGCGAAGAGUACAUCCUCGAGACCGCCAAGAGGCGGGCGGUGCACCUCGGUGCGUACAAGGAGCAUGUCGUCGACCACCUCCCCUGCGUCAAAGCCUACGCCGAGUUCGGCUCCUUCUCGACGAGGCAUAUUCGCGAACUUAUGAAGCUACCUUUGGAUGACUGCUUGGUGCCGACUGGAAUCGCUGCUGAAUGGUUGGUUCCGACCAACGACCUCCCACCGGAGGAGUACGCUCGUGCGAUCUCGCAACUCAUUCGCUGUCAUUUUCUUCUCUGGCAAAUCGGUAUCGCGCAUGGCGACAUCAGUCCGUCGAACCUGAUGCAGCGUCGUUGUCCGGAUGGUACCCUCCAAGCCGUCUUGAACGACUUUGAUUUGGCUGCGAUCAUGACCCCAGGCGAUUAUUCACCCAACAAGGCGGGCUUCGAACGGACGGGGACCAAGCCUUUCAUGGCGAUCGACCUUCUAUGUUCCCCGACGAGAGGACGAGUGAAUCGUAUGUGGUAUCAUGACUUCGAGUCCUUCUUGUGGUGCUUGGUGUGGUACUGUUCCGAUGUCCUGCGCCGCAAUUGGUCCACUGGUUCAUCUUCAAAGCUUGCGAGGGAAAAAUACUGGUGGUUAUCCUAUGCUCCUAAGCGUGAUAGCGACGAUGGUGUACCGCCACAGAAACUGGAUCUUUGGAGAACGUUGUUGAAGUUCCGAGAUAGUUGGACUGGCCGUCAUGGGAUUUGGGAUCUAGCUGAGGAAGACUGGGAGAAGCAGCUGGGUCCAUUCAGGGUGUUUGACAAGUACUUUGCGAAGUUUGAUUCAUGUGAGGAUCGGGGUUGGUUGACGUUUCGGGGUAACUCCUCCAUGGUUUAG